AGCAUUAAUCCCGCCGUAGAAGAAGAGGAAGAAGGCGGAAGUGGGCGGGGUUUAGUUGCUGUCGGGGUGUGUGUGUGUAACAGCAGCAUGGCGCUAAACGCAGAUGAGGAGGAUUUCAAUUGGGAACCCCCGAGCGAGGCGGAGAUGAAGGUGUUCCAGGCUCGGAGGGAACGGCAGGAUAAAAUCAGUAAACUGAUGGGAGAUUAUUUACUGAAGGGCUACAAGAUGCUGGGUGACUGCUGCGACAUCUGCGGGACGAUUUUGCUGCAGGACAAACAGAAGAAGAAUUACUGUGUGGCGUGUCAGGAGCUGGACUCGGACAUUGAUAAGGACAACCCUGCUCUGAAUGCUCAGGCAGCUCUGUCUCAGGUACGAGAGCGACAACUCGCCAAUCAUCCCCUGGAUGCAGAUGAAGCCACGCCCACUGUACCAGAAGCUCCACCCAGCAGCAGACCAGAGCACUGUGAAGGAGCGGCAUCUGGGCUCAAAGCCCUGCCUCCUCCUCGUCCUCCUCACAGCCCCUCCCCCUUCCUGUUCCCUCCCCCACUGCAGAACCCCAGCGGUCUCCCCAGCACUCUUCCUCAUCGUCCUCCUCCUCCUCCCCCUCUUCCUCCUCCUCCUCAGCAGGCUGCAGUGGAGGCACAGGACGUGGUGCUGCAGAAGCUGUGCUGGGCCACACAGGAGCUCCACACUGCCGUCUCUCUCGAGUCCUGCGUGCAGCUGUGCGGCCUCAUCCGCGCCUGUGCAGACACACUGCAGAGCCUCAAACACCUGCAGCACUGACGUUGUACACACACACACACACACACACACAUACACACUUACUUACACACAUGGCUGUGUGCUGUAAUACACCUCAGGAGGUGACGCUGCAAAUAAACUGUUUUUCUUCUGAAUAAGAAAUAAACACCGGAACUGAAGUACCA